AUGGUGGGUGCAAAGGCGGUCACGAGCUCGAGCACCUCUCCCCGCCUGGCGCAGCAACACAGUGGAGUGAGCAGCGUCAUACUGAGCCCUCCCUUCUAUCAGAUCCAGAUGCCCUCAGGGCUGUGUGCCCAUCUGUUUGGCCAUUCUCACUGCCCAGUUCUCAGUGGCUCUGGGGCUGUGUACCGAGUAUGUGCAGGAACUGCCACCUUCCACCUGCUACAGGCUGUGCUGCUGGUCCACCUCCACUCCCCCACCAGCCUGCGAGCACAGCUGCAUAAUAGCUUCUGGGUCCUCAAGCUGCUGUUCCUGCUAGGUCUCUGUGCUGUUGCUUUCUGCAUCCCUGAUGAGCAUCUCUUCCCAGGUACCUUCCAUCUCAUCCUGAUCGGCAAGAGUGAGCUAAAAUCUGGCAUUACAUUGGCAUCUGUGGAGGCUUUACAUUCAUCCUGCUGCAGUUGGUGCUUAUUACAGCCUUUGCCCAUUCUUGGAACAAGAACUGAGCAGCCACGCUCUGGCCUUCUACAAGCCUCUAUCAUCAGCUGCUAUAUCAUGUACCUGACAUUCUCUGCACUGUCCAGCCGUCCUCCAGAGAGUGUAAUCCUUCAAGGACAGAAUCACACUCUGUGCCUGCCUGGCCUGAGUAAAAUGGAACCUGAAAUACCCAAUGCUUCUCUGGCAGUGCUGAGUGCUGGCAUCAUGUAUGCCUGUGUGCUUUUUGCUUGCAAUGAGGCAUCCUACCUGGCUGAGGUAUUUGGGCCCUUGUGGAUGGUCAAGGUUUACAGCUAUGAGUUCCAGACACCCUCACUCUGCUUCUGCUGCCUGGAAUCAGUGGAGCCAGAGAAAGGGCAAAGAGGUGGGACUGCCAGGCCAGCUGACCAAGAUACCUCUCCAGCUCUUCCAGCGCAAGCCCAGCAGCUUUCCUACAGCUAUUCUGCCUUCCACUUUGUCUUCUUCCUAGCAUCACUCUAUGUCAUGGUUACCCUCACCAACUGGUUCAGCUAUGAGGGAGCAGAACUGGAAAAGACGUUCACCAUGGGUAGCUGGGCUACUUUCUGGGUCAAGGUUGCCUCAUGCUGGGCCUGUGUACUCCUCUACCUGGGGCUGCUACUGGCACCACUUUGUUGGUCCCCCACCCAGGAACCCCAGCCCCCUCCUAUUGUCAGGCAACAUUGUCAUGCAUCAGUAUCACCAGAUAACAAACAUCCAAUCUAA